AUGACUCAAUAUGGUCGAUGGUGGGUGUCUUGGGUCCUGGCUGGUCAACCUUCUCUUGCAUCUCGCGAAAUGCUCUCAGACGACCAGGCGUUUCAAACAGCCUCUGCUGAGGAUGCACUUCUCGCUGUCCUCCGUGGAGGUAUUUUCCCAUCAAAGUGGGAUGACGAAAAGCCAGUAUCCGAGGCUACAACUGGACCAGCGAAUCAUUGGCAGUUCACCUAG